CUUCCCCAGAGGAGCCCAAGGUUGGGAUAAAGACGAUCAAAAUGUACUGCCAGAGGAUGCAGGAGGAGAACAUCACCAGGGCACUGAUCGUGGUGCAGCAGGGCAUGACCCCCUCAGCGAAGCAGUCGCUGGUCGAUAUGGCGCCCAAGUACAUCCUGGAGCAGUUCCUGCAGCAGGAGCUUCUCAUCAACAUCACCGAACAUGAGCUGGUGCCAGAGCACGUUGUCAUGACAAAGGAAGAAGUAACCGAGCUGCUGGCCCGAUAUAAGCUGAGAGAGAACCAGCUCCCCCGGAUACAGGCUGGGGAUCCUGUGGCCCGGUACUUUGGAAUAAAGCGUGGGCAGGUGGUGAAGAUCAUCAGACCGAGCGAGACCGCAGGCCGCUACAUCACCUACAGACUGGUGCAGUGACCUGGAGCCACGGGGUGAGGUGCAGGGCUUUUGGUCUC